AUGGGCAUGUGCGGCCGCAAGGCACUGACCCUGCUGAGCAGUGUGUUUGCGGUGUGCGGCCUGGGCAUGCUAGGCGUGGCCGUCAGCACAGACUACUGGCUGUAUAUGGAGGAGGGCGUGGUGCUGCCCCUCAACCAAAGCACAGAGACACGCAUGGCCCUGCACUCAGGCCUCUGGAGGGUCUGCUUCAUCGCCGGGGAGGAGAAAGGACGCUGCUUCACUAUAGAGUACAUGAUGCCCACCAACGGCCAGCUGACCUCAGAGUCCACUGUCAGCGUACUCAAGAUGAUUCGCUCCGCCACGCCGUUCCCUCUGGUUAGCCUCUUCUUCAUGUUCAUCGGUUUCGUCCUCAGCAACGUGGGCCACAUACGGCCUCACCACACCGUGCUCGCCUUCGUCUCUGGAAUCUUCUUCAUCCUGUCAGGUCUUUCUCUGGUGGUCGGUCUGGUGCUGUACAUCUCCAGUAUCAACGAUGAGAUGCUGAACCGGACCAAGACCUACGAGACCUACUUCAGCUACAAGUAUGGCUGGUCCUUCGCCUUCGCUGCCAUUUCCUUCCUGCUGGAUGAGACGGCGGGCGUCAUGUCGGUGUACCUCUUCAUGAAGCGCUACACGGCCGAGGAGAUGUACCGCCCCCACCAGGGCUUCUACCACCCCCGCCUCAGCAACUGCUCCGACUACUCGGGCCAGUUCCUGCAGGGGGACGUCCCGGACGGGCCGGCUGUCCGCGGCCGCAGCCCCUCUGCCGUUUCCGAGGCCUCCAUGCCCAUGAGCGGCUCCUCCUGCGGCCACUACCCCGCCCUGCUGCGCUGUCCCGAGUACCAACACAUGACCUCCUCCCACUGCUGAGCCGCCGCCGGGGGGGUUGCGUUUGCAUGCGGGUGUGUGUGUGUGUAGGUGCGUGGGGGUGUCUGUUUGGGCGCCUGUGUGCGUGCGU